AUGAGAACGGCAGUAAGAGCUCUUCAUUAUGUGUUCAAAAUUGGCGACAGAAAAGCCUCGUAUGACUUCUUCACGAAGGUCUUACAGAUGAAGGUGUUGCGUCAUGAAGAAUUCGAAGAAGGUUGUAAAGCCUCAUGUAAUGGACCCUAUAAUGGAAAAUGGAGUAAGACGAUGGUGGGCUACGGUAGUGAAGACGAUCACUUCGUCAUCGAGCUGACCUAUAAUUACGAAAUAGGCUCGUAUCGCCUUGGCAAUGAUUUUAUGGGAAUGUUCAUUGAAUCUGAUAAGCUUCACAAAUCACUUGAAGGGCACGAGAAUGUGAAGAAAUUGGAAUGCGGGAAACUUCAGCUCACAGAUCCUGACGGUCACUGGUUCCUUAUAUGUCCUGGACAAGACCCUCCAAAGGUGGUCAAAGUAAGCGUGAGAGUACAGGAUUUCCAAAAAAGCGUUGAUUACUGGACCAAUCAGUUGGGAAUGAAGGUUGUUGAGCAACGAGAUAAAGGACGCAUCACUAUGGGCUUUGGCGAGGGUCAGUGUUGCCUUGAAGUACGUCAACUUCCAGAAGGUACCGCAUUGGAUAGAGGAAGCGGUUAUGGGCGCAUAGCCUUCGCCUAUCCCGAUGAUGGACUUUCUGCAUUGCAAGAGAAAAUGAAAGCGGCUAAGCUACCCAUUCUAAAAGAGCUCACCACUCUCGACACACCAGGAAAAGCCAGCGUGCAAGUCGUGAUUCUGGCUGAUCCUGAUGACCACGAAAUUUGUUUUGUUGGCGACAAAGGUUUCCGCGAACUUAGCAAAGUCGAUCCGAAGGCCGAUGAGAUGAUACGCAGAGAGAUUGAGAAGGACGACAGCGUGAGUUGGUUCAAAGACGGAAAGAAAAAGGUCUAA